AUGUACAAUUUCAGCACUGAUCCUUUUAAAGUAGAAACAAUUCCAAAGUUCAGGAAUUUUGAGAUUAGUAUUGUUCGUCCACCAGCUCAGAAUUCUGAUGCAACUUAUGAGUUUGUUUCAACAAUUAAAGCAAUUAAUCAAGUAAAACCACCUGAACCAGUUCCAAUUCCUCCAAGAGGACAAUUUUUCGAUUUUGCAACAAUCUCAGAUUACGAAAAGCAAUUUCCUUUUGCAGCCAAUCCAAUUUACAAAGAUGUCCGCAAUUUCAUGGUUGCUAUAUCACAAAUAUUCAGCAAUCGAUAUGUUCCAUUCACAUUAUACCGUAGAAAUAUAAAGGCACCAAUCAAUUUCACCUAUGCCGUUUGGAAAUUUUUAACUGAUCAUGGUCUUAUUAAUUACGCCUGCAAGCCAAAUACAAGACCUCAGUGUAUAGUUCCAGAUGCAACUAACUGGCCGCACCUUCUUUAUACCCAUGACGACACGAUUAUGUCAGAAUCAACUUAUGAUUCUAAAAUCAACCCAACGCCUAACAUUCCUCCCAAUCCGAUUCAGCCAUUCUCCCUUAUGUGUGCUCCCUACUUCACUCCAGAGCGCAGCAGAAAAGUUGCUGAAGUUUCUUCGAUUAUGCACCUUGGAAACUGGACCCUUGACGAGAACAAUAGGAUGAAUGAGGUUCUUAAAGAGCUAAAUAGGAACCCUGACAUACCAUCGAACAACUGGCAAGCGAUAUCCGACCUUGUUUCAACAAGAACACCAGAAGACUGCGCCCAACAAGUUGCUAUGUAUCCUAUUACAGCUUUCGAAUUUGAAAAACCACCUCUGAUAUCUUACAAAGAGUUUGCUCAACCAAAAGAAUUAAUCAGGGACGAAGUACUUAAAAAGAACAAAGAAAUGCGAAUAGUUUACAAAGCUACGGAAGUUCUCGGCGAAGAGAAGUCUGCAAAGAUAAUUCGUGGAGAAAAAGUCGAUGAAAUUGAUUCAGCUGAAGCUGGUGCUGCUGCCAUAGCUUUGGAAAAGAUUAAAGCAAAUACAGAAGUUUACAGAGCUCAACAGAAGAAGAAAAUGCUUGCAAUCUUGAGAAUGAUCGUUGAUACAACGAAACAAAGCAUUGCUUGCAAGACUAAGAUGAUUAGUGAGCGUGGACAAGCCCAGGUUGUACCAACCACGGAUAGCGAUGGCUCAACAGACGAUUUUAGAUAA